AUGUCCAAUACUUUUUUAUAUUUUGCUUAUGGUAGCAAUAUGUUCUCGCUCAGAAUUAAUAUGAAUGAUAUAAAAGCAAAUUUCUUUUCUAUAGGACGUUUAGACAAUUGUCGUUUGGAUUUUAUAAGAUACUCAAAAUUUUGGGAAGGACCUACUGCAACUGUUGUGCCCACAGCAAAUGCUCAUAUAUGGGGAGUUAUCUGGCGCAUGCAUGAAAAUAAUAUUGAAGCACUUAAUGAACAAGAGGGUGUAGAGCGAAAAAUUUACUACCCAACGUAUGUAAACAUAUUAACGCCUUAUUUAGGUAGUUUUAACUGCCGGAUAUAUAUUCAAAAAGUAAACCCUUUACCUAUUGGAGAUAAUGAUGAAGUACCGAUUGAGCGUUGGCCAUCUUGGACUUACAAGGAAGUGAUAAUACUUGGUGCCCUAGAGCACCAGCUACCGGAAUAUUACAUACAAAUAUUGGAAAAUAUCAAAAACAAUGGAGGAAAGGGAAGUUUUAAAAUGUAUUGCCUGUUAUUACGAUAUGCAAAAGAUAAACCUUGUCUUUGCGCUAUACGGAAAAAAAUUGACAAGCCACUUCAACUCGAUAUAAGAAAAUUAAGGCAACAAAAACAAAAGAAUUAAACUUUUAUACAAGAAAACAUAGACCAUAAAUGUAUUCUAAACUCCAGUAAUCGAUUCAGAGUCAAUAAAAUAAUAAAGUUUUUUUUUUUCAAAAAUUUGGACAAUAUGUUUCAUUACUAAAUAAAGCCUAUCGUUAUCAAGCAAGUCCUAUAAAAAUUAACAAGAAUGUAAAGACUUUAUUGUUGCGGAAGAAGGUAAAAACAUGAAAAAAUAAGUCUCUUCAAUUAAAAAAAUCAAUUUUAUUUUAAGAACGUUAUAGACCUUGUUUUUAUUAACUUGGUAUAAAAUAUAUUUAAACAAGUGUUUACUCGAAACUAUUUUUGCUAUUCUUGUAAUUUUUAUUAAUAUAAAUAUUAAAAUUAUUAUUAAUAGG